UCUCCCCUGUGGAGGCCAGAGCCCGUUUCACGCUACGCCUGCAGAACACGUGCCACCGCGAUGGACGCGCCUCGGCACCAGCACCCGCUAUCCACAUCGACACCAUCGGCUAGCUGUCGACAACAACACCAACCAUGGACACGGCGGAACAACUGGACUCGGACAUCAGCGACCUGCACACCCGCAUCGCCACACUCCAUGCACACCGUGCAAACCUCGCCUCAGUCCUCCUCUCGCAACCCCACCUUGCAGCGCGUCUCGCCCACGGUAGCAGCUCCGACCAACUCCCAAAGCGCGUUAUAGAACAACAAUCAAGACGCAAUAUCGAGAACAUAUACCGCGCCUGCGCCGGCGUGACAGCGUACAAAGUCAAGGACCCCGACCCCCACGCAGUAAACAAUGGAAAUGUGCUUGGUGUCAGCAUCGACGUCUCCAUCAGCGGGAAAUUCGUCGAGACGUACCAUGUUUUGUUUACCUUUCAGCAGAGCGACGGCGCAAAAGUGUUGAAGAUACACCGUCAUACUGUCCCGACAUGCAUCCCUCUACAGCAGCUGGCGCACAAGUGGAUACCGGUGGGCUCAAAAGAUGCAGAAAGCAUCAAGGAACCAGAGCAGGAUCUGGUGCGAUUUGGACGGUCGCUGAGGAAAGAGCUCGUCAGCUGGCAUAUGCGGACUCGGGCAGUCGAAGUUCUGAGGAAAGAAGCAGGCCUCCCAGACGCCAAGCCAUCCAAAGACAACGGACAUGCAAGCUUCACAUCCACGGGGAACAUUCUCAAUGCUUUCGUGAGCGACGACGAUAACUCGGAUGCUGAGGAAGAUGUGACUGCUGACGCAUCUCUACGCAUCACCGAUCUUGAAUCCGAUGCAGCGGUCAGACAGAUCACUGUCACCUGGUCCGAUGGCCGGACAGGAGUCAUGGGCAUCACAAAGGAUGGAAGGGUUGACAAAGCUAUCUGUAGAACGAGGGGGGGAGGACGGGAUGCUGCUCUAAGCAGAAAGGCGAUUGGACCUAUCAGAGGCCUGGUAAGGAGAUCGAUGACACAGUAAGAAAUCUGAGGGCUUGAAAGCAAAGAGAUGAGGUGACGAAGCUGUACAAGAAGCGCAGGUGUACACCCAGAUAUGUGGGGGAUGGGCUCUUCGUGGAGGCGUUGGUGGACUAUCAUGAUACCCAUAUUUUGUAACUUUUGAGGGUCGAAAUAGGACUGAGCAGGAUUCGUGAAUCUUGUGUAGCCUGCAGCGACACCGUCUUCACUCAUGAGGUUCUCGAUUCCAAUGUUCGGUCAGCAAAAAGAUUGUUAGUUGUGCGAGCUGAACUACAGCUUUUGAGUUACAUGCCGUGUAUGACUCGAGUCACUGGAACGGGGUCAGAUAGCAGUCCGAUGACGGCAUUCAAGGUUUGAUAUGCACGACCGAUGCACGACACCACGUGCGAUAACGCCCUUAGAUCAAGCCACCCGUUAGGAUGGCAUGCAGGUACAAGGGAGGACGACUCAAGACUUUGAUGUACUCUUUCUUUCCCUCGGC